AUUAAAUUCUGAGAGCCAAGUAAGUUUUGUAAGUAUAACAACAUGCAUCUGUUAAACCUCCAACAUGUUGUAUGUGGCAUCUUGCUAAUAAUAGGAUGAUUUACAAGGAAUAACAACAAGUUUUUGUGGAUAUGCAUCAUUUCUCUGACAAUACUGUAUCUCCUUAAAAAAGAACUCCUUUUAGUCUCCCUUGAGGAGAUAUAACAAGGGAGACAAUUGAGGCAACAGCAAUGAAGAUGACAUUGAUUUUCGCCCUUGUAUUAACUCUCCUCACAUUGGAGGUGGGAAAGGUCUACAGUCAGCAGACUGGAAGCAUUUGCACCACUCUGCAGUACCGAUCCCUGCCCCCGGAACUACAAAAUGAGCACCAAUGUAUGAUUUUGGAGCGACUCCAAGAAGACUUUGCGGAUGAGUCAAAAAUACUUAAAACACAGUAUGAAAACCUCUACAACCUGGUGAACCAGUUUCAGACUGAGAUGUAUCGAAGCAUUGCCAACCUGCGUCCACUCAAUCGAGACAGUGUCAAUGCCAUACCAACUCUCAGAGAUGUGCCGCUUGUCAGAGACUGUGAUGAGCUGUAUAGAGAUGGUAUCACAAAAUCUGGUGUCUACCCUAUACGUCUUCCUGACAGACGUGUUGUCAACAUUUGGUGUGACAUGGAAACUGCUAACGGAGGAUGGACAAUUAUACAGCGCAGGAUUGAUGGCUCAAUCAACUUCACUAGGAAAUGGGAGGAUUAUGCUUUUGGCUUUGGAAAUGCCAAUACAGAAUUUUGGCUUGGAAACGAAAACUUAUAUAAGCUUUCUCAUUUCAAAAACUACACCCUACGAAUUGAUCUCUGGGACUGGGAUGGAAACCAAGCAUAUGCCGAAUAUGAUACCUUCCGAGUCGAAAGUGAAGAAAAGCAGUACGCUUUGAGAAUUGGAGAAUACCAAGGUACAGCUGGGGAUGCCUUGUUUCCUUACCACAACAACAUGAAGUUCAGCACCAUAGACGAGGACAACGAUGAAUGGACAAUGAAUUGUGCUCUGAAGGAUCAAGCAGGCUGGUGGUACAAGGCCUGUGGAUUCUCCACUUUAAAUGGUUUGUACAUUAAGAAACCCAACGAGAAAAUAAUGCCGGACGGAGUAAUAAGAGGAAUUAUAUGGUCCAAAUGGAAAAAUGACUUUUCAUAUUCGAUGAUGAGGGUAGAAAUGAAGAUAAAACCACUUAUGAUGGUCAAAGACGAUAGGACUAGAUCUAAAAUGCCCAACAGUGCAUUGGGUAAAGAAGCUACAACAGUUUCUACGGCAACUGAUACUACAUCAGCUAACACUCAACAACAAACAACUGAAACCACUACAACAGAUGAAGGUUUGAUUAUGGAAAUUCAGGACCAGACAACGACUGAUGAACCUUAUUACACGGGCGAAUAUGAUGAUUAUGACACAGUGUGAUGCAACAAUACAUAGGGUCAUAGCUUGAAUUCAGAUAAGUAAGAAGACCCAAAGAGGUGUAUGAGCAUGAAUUGUUUUAUAAAGGGUGAAGAUAUCUGAAUGUUGUGUUGUGUUUGCAAUUAACAUUUGUUUGGCCUAAUAAGGGUACCCAAAAUGUAUACUGACAGUUAUGACUGAGUUGAUACGCAUCUUAUCUUAGAAUGAGAGUGGUUAUAAUGGUGAAGUAAAAGAAAAAGUUUUACACGGAAGUACAGUUUAAUGCCAUUGGCUUGAACUAUCAGCUCAAUUUUCUUAUUAGCUUGAUGUACAAUGGUCUGAUUCUUGUCUUCUAUAUAUGUUUAUAUAAUGCACCAGUCAAUUGUAACCACGGCCCCCCAAGGUCCGAGGAAUAGCGGGGACUUUGACUUUCGGUCCAGCCAACCCUGGCUAGCGGGGUCGAACAGAUGGUAAAAUCCCCGCCAAAUACCCACGCACCCCAGGAACCUUAGUAAAGGCCCAUUCCCCGCUAUAUUUAAAGUGAAGACAAAACCACCGCAUUCACCUGGCACUGCGGGGCCACCUGAAAGGUUAAAACACGGCCCAUUGCCCCAGCUAUCCCCGGUAUACCCCCAGACCUGGGGGGGUCGUGGUUACAAUUGACUGGUGCAUAAGAUAAGGUUUUUAUGGCUUGAUUUUGUUUGCUUCUAUUUUUCCAAUGUUCACUCCUUGUUUUGUUUGCUUUGCUCGAUCCCACUCCAGACAUAUGAAAUGAAAGGUUAUUCUGCUGAACAGUUUGUGCUGUCGUUAGUUGAAACAUGAACAAAAUGUCAAACUUAUGUCAUUAUAAAUCUUGAUGAACUUAGGUUUUAUCAAUAAGUUAACACUGUUGGAACCAAAGUCUUGUUGUUCUUGUUUUUUUAUCAUUGAAAUGUGCUUCACUUUAUGUGAUAUGUUUCCCCAUUGUUGUAUUAAACAUGACUGUUGUGUAUCAUUUCAUACUAUUAAUAUUAAAGUGUUUAUAAUGUGUUCAAAAGUACAGAAUUUGUACGUAAUUGAUUUUUGUGACGUUUAUCGAUUGUAAAAAGGUAUAACAUGGAAAUAUGAGAUUCUGUCUGGCUCGCCCUUUUCAUGAAAUUUUCUGGUCAUUUUCCCAGUGAUUUUGAGCCAAGGGGGUUGGACUGUAAGAGUGUACAUAUGAAAAAAAAGGAAUUAUUUUGCUGUAGCAUUCUGUGAAGGGGACCUUUGUCAGCUGUGUUGUAUUUUAAUUUUAUUUGUACAGAUAUCAUGCAACAAAUAAUUCAUCUAAAAUGUGCUGUUCUAUCAUGUUUGCAAAUUUAUCCAGUAUUCAUUAUCCAUUUAUAAUCUGAUAAUUGAAUUAAUAUAUGGUCUAUAUUUUAAAUGGUUUUGUCAAGAUUAUAAAGUUUGUCUUUAUUGCUGCUUAAAUAUGUAAUUAAUAAUAAUGUCAAAUACAUAUGUCAUGUGAUUUUGUAUAUUGCUGUCAAUAUAAGUGAUAAUAAUAAACAUUUUACUUAUAAAUAUAUUCUAGCUUUCCUUCUCAUAUACGAUUCUUUUUUCAUUACAUAAUUUCAAAUAUUUUUCUCAUGGAACAGUUCGGCAAAUUCUCCAUACAUGUAAUUUUUACAAGCAUCUCCAGAAUGAUUACAAGAUACAUUAAAUUUUGGAAAGUGAAGAAAAGUCUUUACAUAUUUAUGGUUAAUCUAGUAAUAGCAAUCCUAGUAGAUUAACCAUAAAUAUAUAUAAAGUUUUAAAUAUUUUGAGUUGAAAAAAUGUGGGCCAUUACUCAACAAUAUUCUCACCAUCUAGAAAUGAUCCAUGUCUCAGCCAUGACAAAGGCCCAUAAAUGGAUUUAAUGUCUUUUCUUGUACUAUCUAACAAUUAAAGCUGUGUUAUCGCUAAAUGGUUCCAAGUAUUGUCAUUUUGGC